AUGUCCUCCCCUUCAACUCCCCAAUCGGCGCGCUCCGCGUCGCGAACAGCCGACUCGCCUGCCAUGCUCACCCCGGGACAAAAGAUCAAGGCCAUGAUGGCCCAAUUUGACAGCGACUCAGACUCCGAUAAUAACACGACAAAUUCGAAGCCUCAAACCACGAAAUCCAGCAUCUUCAACCGCCCACAAUUCGCGACGCGAUCGGACCAGGAGAAUGACGAUGAAGAUGAUGACGAAGAUGAAGAUGACGAUAUCAUCAUGCCCAAAGGCCGCAUGGCUGCUCGGAUGCAGGCUGAGAACCAGAACACCGAAGCUGACGCGUCGACGGAAUCUGUCUCUGCGAUGGAACGGGUGUCGAAGAGCCUGAGGAAGGAGAAAGAACGCGAAGACGACGCGGCGGGGUCCUCGGAUGAUGAUCUUCCUACGGCCGGUCCGAGGAGGAGGCUUGCGAAUGCGAAGAUAAAUGAGGAUCAGAUGGACGAGGACGAAGCUCGUACGCCGGAGCGAGAACGGUCGUUCUCGCCGCUUUUCGUGUCACCUGGUUCGGAGAGAAAUGGUCGGCAGGGCGACGAUGGAUCGGAGGCGUCGGAGAAUGAGCGACCGCAGCCGAAGAGGAACGCACGAUUUGAAGCCCUCAUUGCGCAGAAACGUGCGGAGCGAGAAGAGAAGGAGAAGCAAGAGAGACAGAAGAAGAAGGAAAGGGCUGAAGCGGCGAAGCUUGCUGCCGCAGAUGAAGAGGAUGAGGAUGAUGAUAUGGAAAUGGACCUGACGGGAAAGUCUUCGCGCGCGGCUCGCCCCUCUCGAAAAGCCAGCCGGAAAGCGCUGGAGGAUAUGAACCGCGAAACGCAACGAAUGAGUAGGAAUCUGCAACUAGCGCACCAGGCGACGACCUCGAAGAAAAUCUCCAAGGAGAGCUUCUUUGCUCGAUUCAAUUUCAUGCAGCCCGAGCAGCCGAAGGCACCUUCGGCAGAUAACUCGUCUAGUAUGGCUGGUUCACAGAAUUCCUCGGAUGCAGAGGCUCAGAAGAAUCGGGAAACCCCUCAAACGUCCCCUGUCGUGGGUCCUUCCGACAAGCUCGUGGCUCAAGAUGCCUCAACUGAUGCUGUACGCGAGGAGACACAGUUCCCUUCUCUUGAGAAAAUGGUAGGACAAGCGCAGCAGCAACCCGAACAGCCCGUGGUAGGCCGAGUGGAGGAGCAUACUACCAACACAGCUCCGCAGACCGUGGAUGUCAAAGGAAAGAAGAAACUCAUGGCUGCGCCCUCCGUUCAUGUUCGCCUUUCUCGACAAGCUGUGGCGCAGAAUCAGAUGGAUGAUUCAGACAGUGACUUGGAGGUUGUCACUUCUCCUGCGAAAUCUCGCCGUCUCGCCGCUUUUGAGAACGUCCCCUCCAGAAAGAUGCAAGAAUCGUCUGCUCUGCUGAAACUCAAAGCUUUGGCUCAUCUCACAUCGCCGACUCGCAAAACCACGAUGAAUAAUGCCGAACUGUCUGCAACAUUGAUUUACCAGGCCAAAAAGCAGGCUGCCAAGGAGCGACAGGAGAAAGUCGAGGAACUCCGAGCGAAAGGUGUGAUCAUCGAAACAGCGGCUGAGCGUGCCGCCAUGGAAGAUGAACUCGAGAACCUGGUUGAAAAGGCACGCAAGGAAGCAGAAGACAUUGCCAAGCAGGAGAGGUCCGCAUCAAAGACAGGAAACGGUGAUAUGGAUGAUGAUGAGGAGGAGGACGAGGAGGAUGAGGACUACGACGGCUCAGAAGAUGAGGUGGAUGACAAUGGGGAGGAGGACGAGGAGGAGCACGAGGACGGCGAAAAGGGUCCCAACUUGUUUGACUCUGAAGCCGGUGAGGAGGAGGACUCGGAAGACGAACAGAGUGAAAUCAUGUCGACCGGGGAACCCGAGACGAUUACUCAACGGCGGAAACGACCUACCCGGGUUAUUGAAGAUGACGACGAGGAAGAAGAGCAGGCCCCAACGACGCCCACCAAGCCAAUCAAUGCGACACCAUUGUCUAUAGAACGACCCCAGAUCCCUGGUCUGCCUUCCAACGACAUGACGAUGAGUCUCACCCAAGCCUUUGCAGGCACAUUGGGUGGAAGUCAGCAAGAUAGCCAACCGCCCUCGCCCACGAUCCCUCAUUCUCUGCCUGAUCCUGCCCAGAGGGGUGGAGAAUGGCAACAGUCCGACUCGCAGAUGAUUGUGAAGGAUAGCCAAGAACCACAAGCCGAGACGACCGAUUUCCUGACCCGAUACACUCCCUCUGACGCUCGGGUAUCAGAGUCUCCUGCGCCGCGGGCCAUGUCACAAUUUUCUUCCAUUCCCGACCCGACGCAGGAUGAAGGUUUUGUCCUCUCACCUUUCGAUCCCUCAAAGAGAUUUAUGGGCACUCCAACGUCGACUGUGGAAACCGUUCUCGUCGACCGGAACCAAUCCCUAAGCAACUCCCCUGUUCCCAUCCGGAAAAUGAAAAACCUUCGACGUGGCCGAACCGAACUCUCUGCUAUCGAAGAGCAGGAGGAAAGUGGGUUCGAAGUCGAUGCCAGCGCCUUCAACGUCAUGAAGAAAGCAGCGAAGAAACCUAAUGUUGCGUUCGAUAGGAAGAAGAGCAAAGCCAAGGACGUCGUGGAGGAGGCAGCCGAAGAAUCCGAAGACGAGUACGCCGGACUGGGAGGUGCUAGUGACGAGGAGGAUGAGGAGGAGAAUGCGUAUGAUCGGCAGAUGAUCAACGACAACAGCGGCGAAACGGUUGACGAAAAGCAGCUGGCAGCUCUUAACGCUCAACACCAGAGAACUACGGACGAGAAGCAAGUAGCCAAACUCAUGAGAGAUAUUACGACCGGUGCUCUCCGUCGACGGAAAGGACCCGAUGACGAGUUUGACCUUGACGAUUCUGACGACGAACUCUUGGCCCGCCGACGACAAAAGCAACGCGAGUUUGCCCGCAUGCGGAAUGCCCUCAUGGCGGACGGAAAGGUCGGCGAGCUCGCCGAGAACCCUAAGAAAGCGGCUUUCUUCCGCGCCAUCGAGGAUCAUGAUUCGGACGAUGAUGUUUUGGAUUUCUUGGACGAGGAAGAAGCCCCCGGAUCUCAGGAUCAUUCAUCGUCGCAGGAGGCCAGUGCCGGCGCACAACAAGACACGACCGAUGCCGGCAACAAGAGAAAACGACCUCUUGAGCCUAGCACCGAGGAGACCUACAACAGACCUCCUCCUAACCUUCGCCGCAAACCAGCCAGUGCGAUGUCCAAGAAACCUGCCUCACUUGCGGAGAUCCGGGAGACCCUGUCCUUCCUGACCGAGCGACCCGAAUACGACUCGUUCCAAGAAGAUGCGUCUAUGGAGGAUGAGCAAGCACACGAAGAAGAAGCUGAGAGCGCUCCGACUGAGGAACAAUCACCGGAAGAAUUUGCUCCGCGCGUGCACCCUCGCCGUACGAAGGGAGCGGUGGUGGAUCGUCUUGCACUCCUCCGGCAAGCGUCGUCGAACUCGGCUACGUCGGCGUCCACACGAGUUGCUUUCCAUGCGGGCUCCGGGGCGCAGGGACCCAGCAUCGGAUUCCGACCUCCCCCCAUGCUCCGCAAGGCCACCACCGGCUCGUCAUCGUCCGGUUCGUCCAAGUCCGACUCGCGACGGAUGUCGGCCCCUGGGGCUGGCGGCGGGUCGAUGGCCAAGAAGGGAGCAGUCAACUAUUACACAGCUGCUCGUGAGAGGGAGCGUGAGAGGGAAUUGCGCACUCAGAGCCGCGCCGGCGGUUCCAACAUCACGAAAUUGCUCAACAAGCAUUCCGGCAACCGACUGGGUGCAUUGGGAGGUACGGGACAAUGGGAUUAA